UCGAAAUGCAUAAGAACAAGAAGAAUCCGCCACAGAUUGAUACAACGAAAACAACAUGAUCAGCCGAAUCGGCGGCGGCACCACCAGUCGAGGAAAUGGAAUGAAUUCCGGUGCUGCUGCGGGUUCUGAAUUUGACUCGUCUAUGCAAUCAAUUGAUGAAGAAGUGAAAUCCGCCUCCGCCGGGAUCUCAAGCACUGAAUUCUAUCUCCGGUACAGCGUGGAUUUCAUAAACCGGGUCAAAAACCGGCUCAACGACGGCCAGCGCAACCGUGAGUUCCUCGAUUGCAUCAGUGCAUUCUCACGCGGCGAAAUCGACGUCAAUGCCGUCCGUGAGAAGGCCGCAGCGCUGUUCGGGGGAAUAAAUAGCGACCUCUACCGCGAGCUCGAGGGCUUCCUCCCCAGGCGUUCUAGCGACGCUGGUGCUGCUGAAUUGGACUCGUUUAUGCAAUCAAUUGGUGAGAAAGGUAUGGGUGAUGCUAGUCUAACUUUUGGACCUAUGGAAGGUACUGGCGGAUCAGCGCUCAACUUAGAAAAGCAUAUGGAUCCCGAGGCACAUCCUUUUUCCAUCAUCACGGAAGCUGAUGCAGUUAAUGUUUCUCCAAAGAAUCGGGCCGAUACUCCUCCUGGAAAAGGUGAGCAAAGAAAAACUUACUGUGGGAGGGUGAUAACAGUAAAGAUGGGAGAGUAUACAAAGAGAAUAGGUAUUAAUGGCACAGGAGAUGCUAUAAAGGAAACCAUCAAAUCUGCAUUCGGGCUGAGAACAAAACGUGCGUUCUGGUUGGAAGACGAAGAUAAUGUUGUUCGAGCAUUGGACAGAGAUAUGCCGCUUGGGAACUACACUCUACAUGUCGAUGAAGGCCUGAUGAUUAGAGUUUGUUUGCCAGAGCACCUGCCAGUGCACACAGAGGAGAAAACCUUCUAUACGGAUGAUGACUUUUGCCAGUUCCUCUCACGACGUUUCUGGACUUGUUUGAGAGAGAACGGUGGCUACCGGCAUAUUGACAGCAUGGACGAGCUAUGUCACGGGGCUGUGUAUCGUGGUGUGUCAUCAUCUGAGAACAUUCUAUUCUGAAACUUGUGUAUGUAGAGAGACCACAAUAUUUUGUUCAAGGAUAUAGUUGGAUUCUUGUGACAAAUUGUAAAACA